AUGUCGUUCGUCAACUUCUUGUAUUCACGAGGUACACACACGGCGCAACUGAUCCGACGUGUUCCUUCUUGAUGUACAACAGGUGCUGCCGAGGACGCGGUUACGAGCCGUCGCCGCCGCCGUCACCGCGACCGCAAAUGGAGCAAGCCGCCGCGACAACGCCGUCGUUUCAGAGCAUGCGCAAGACCCAAGCUAGCAGUAGUGUCGGCGGAGGCGGGGAAGGCGCCGUCGGAGCCGACCUGAGAGCUGUGAACGGGAAUGGGAAUGGGAAUGCUGGUGAUGAGGUUCGAUUGGAGAACGAGAAGGGGAAGGGGAAGGAGAAAGUCAAGGAGAAGAAGGAACCCAAGUCGUUCCAGAUCCUCAAGUACCCGAUUCAUCGUCAGACCUCGCCCCACCCACCGAGGGUCUUGUCCUACUCUCCGCACCUGAGGGAAGGCCAUCCGAAUCGAGCACGAACGACCAGUCCACCCCUCUUACCGACCACAGCGACGACGCCGACGCCUUACCAAGCUGAACAUAUCGUGGCUCAACGCGCGAUCAAGAGGUCAACUUCGUCGGGGAGUAGGUCCAGUUUGGCCGGGGUCGCCGCUGCUUCGGCCGCCGGCGCGGCUGCUGCGAUCGGCCUCGCGGGAGGCAACACUGAUAGCGCCGGCGCGGGGGUCGGCUCGGGAGGGGACGCCCAGACGGCCCGACCGUUUCGCUCGAGCUCGAGGCAGCAGCAACCACAACCCCCGCAGCAACAACAGCAGUACCCUCAACAACCGCUCUAUCAGUCACACCAAAUACAACCUCAACAAUCGUAUGCUUCGUUCGCUUCCAUCACUCCUUCUCGUACAGGGAUACCCAUGAGCGAGCAGCAAGGCAUCCCACCCGUGCCUCCGAUACCGAACGGCUACAUCCCUCAACAUCCCUCGACUCACCCCCACGCUCAACAAUCGGCCUCGGCAUCGGUCAUGAGACCCGCACCCGUGUACGCUUCACCGCCUGUCGGGUACCCCACACCACCGCCGCCGAUUCAGACGUAUUCGUCGCCUUUGCCGACGACCGGUCCCGUGUACAACGUCGAUACCGGCUCGGCUGCGGCGCAUAGUGUCCGAGCGAGGAUACAGGAUCCAGGGAACGAGGGGAAACUGUCGGUUGGAAUUGACUUUGGGUAAGUCGAUACUUUUACGUGGGCUCGAUACGCUGCGCUGACCUCGGUGACGUCUCUCUCAGAACGACCUUCUCCGGCGUCGCCUACGGUUCCACGAGGUUGUUUGCAGGGCAAAUUCGACAAAUACUCGUAUGGCCAGGCAGUUAUGAAACGUGAGUCCGCAGGUUGGCUCACACGAUAGCCGGCUUUGCUGAUCGUACGAUUGCCUCGUCACGUUUCACAGGUAUCGAAAGGUCCCUUCUUGCAUCUUGUAUCACCAAUCUUCGCCCAAUGAGGAAGCGACUGUUCUUUCUUGGGGUUUGGAGGCGAAGAAUACAGCAUUACAACCCGGAAUGGUCAAGUGAGUCCUUCAAUCCUGUCUAUCAGGACCCGUGAACUGUCGUAGACUAAUCCCCUCUUCGCCCUCCCCAGAUGCGAAUGGUUCAAGCUCCUCCUCUCCCCCGAAAGUCUACGCUCCGGUCGGCCCGAUCCGAGAUUACCGCCAUUGCCACAUGGGAAGGACGUCGUCGAUGUGAUUGCGGAUUUCUUGAGGGUUCUUUGGAGAUACGCCAAGAAGCAGAUCACGGAGGAGAUUGGUUCGGUUGUGGACCUGGGUCAGUCGCCUUCCCGAACGAGCCAGUCUGAUGGGAAAGCUCCCAGCUGACGCGCUUUGAUUUGAUUGUGGCUUCUGUCUUUAGAUUCCGCCGAGGUUUUGUUGACUGUCCCAGCGGCUUGGGACGCGGCGGGCUGCAACCUUAUGCGCGAAGCGGCGAUCCGAGCUCAUCUCGUUCAAUCGUCUCGGGGUGGGGAUAUCCAUUGGCGAGAUCGAUUACAGAUUGUCACGUACGUCCAUAUCGGUUUCAUUGGCCUCGAACGUGGCACUGACGACUUUGAUCGUGUUUCCCAUUAGCGAGCCCGAAGCAGGAGCCAUUCACGCCUCGACCCUCGCAUCCCUCCACCAUCUCCGACCCUCGCAAACCUUCCUCCUCUGCGACGCAGGUGGUGGAACGGUCGAUACGGCCGUGUACAAAUUGAUGGGUCAGUUGAGCCAGCUGGAGAUUGCCGAGAUGUGCGUCAGGAGCGGUGCGAAUGCAGGGAGUCUGUUCGUCGACUUGAUGUUUGAGGAACUGGUGAGAAAGAUGUGAGUUGCCUACUUCCGCUUGUCCUAGGCCUCAUCAUCGACGCUGAUUCGAUUCGUCGCGGGGUUCACCUAUAGAUUGAAGGAUCAUCCUGUCCAUCUCGACCCACCGUCUCUCACCUCGUUCAUGCACGCCUUCUCGGAAUCCGACAAACUCGAUUAUCACGGUCGAGUAGACGACGGUGAGCCCUCGCUCUCUCAAAUCCUUGGGAUCUGUCGAUCGGUUUUCGAGAUGCUGAUCUCGAGGCCGAAUGUUGACAGACUCGAUGUAUCGCUUCAACUGUUUCAAUGUUGAGGAUGGGCAUGACCCUUCUGUUGGACUCGAGUAUGGCGAAUUGGCGAUCCCGGGCCACGUGUUAAGAGUGGAAGUGUUUGAUCCUAUCAUCAGUGAGUGGACCAUGUGCUUGGUACAGAUAAAACUUUUGGUCCAGGUGCUGACAAGAUUCAUAACCUUCGAACAGACCAGGUCCUCGACCUCCUGCACCACCAACUCUCCAAAGUCGCCAGCACCCGAAUCGACGCCAUCAUCCUCGUCGGCGGUUUCGCCGCUUCGGAAUACCUCUACACGCGAGUCCAAGAAGAAUUCGGCGCUUCGAUCCCUGUCAUUGCGAGACCGAACGAUUGUGAUGUCGCUACUUUGAGGGGGGCGGCUAGGUACGGUUUGGGGUUGACGCAGGGGAGGAAGGCAGUGAGUGCGGUGAUUACGCCGAGGAGUUAUAUUAUGAGUGAGUGCGAGGCGCUUGAUGUGUCGUGGUUGGGUGGUCUACGGUAACUGAUGGGGAGAUCAUCGUUCCAAAUGGCAGAGGUCAAGUUGCCGGCAGAGGAAGUCGAUCGAUACGAGCGGCCACACUUUAUCACUAUCAACGAUGCGGGGAUGGAAGUGUGUGCCAAUCGAUUGUCAUGUGAGCCACUUGACUUUUGUCAUAGCAGACGAGCAUAAUCACUGACUCGUCCCAACUCUCUGACAGAUCUCGUCGCCAAAGGUGCCGUCCUCCGCAAAGGUGAAAAGCUUCGUUCGAGGUUUUGCAAAUUCGUCAAGAACGCCAACGACUCGACAUUCGCGGCCCAACUCUACACCUCGGAUUCGGAUGAACUCUACCGGUACGUGAAUGACUUGUCACCUCUCUUCUCGAAUGCAUUCCCUGACCUCUCUCCGAAACCCUCUUCUGCAAACUCAGAUAUACCGACGAAGGCGACGCUACAGAACUGUGUCGUUGGACCGUCGACCUUGCCGCAUUGCCUUCGUUCGCUCAAAUCGCCGCUCUGGGUGGGGGUUACGUCGAGUUUGAUUUGGGAUUGAGUUUGGAUUCGGCAGAGGUGAGGGGUGUGUUGAUGAGUGAUGAAGGGGUCGAUUGUGGGACCGCUAGUACGUUUUUUUCUCUGUCACUGGCUCGAUACUGUCGAAGUUGCAGGGGCUAUGUUGCUGAUUCUCGCUUGGCUCUCUCUCUUCUCGCAGCUUUCGAAUUCUUGUAA